AUGGGCAUCUGCUGUUCAAAAUAACGAGAUAAAGAAGAUGGAAUUAGAUAAUAAAUCGCAUAAACUAUAGUGGAAUAAUAAAAAAUAAAAGAAGAAGAGGAAUAAGAACAUAUUUAAUUUUAGUGUUAUUCUUCAAGCAGGAAAUCAUAAACUUUACAAUUUAAUCCUACAAAUCAAACCGAUAUUUGCAACUUAAUUACAUAAGUUGGAAAUGAAGAAGUAGCAGUUGGUGUUGAACAACCAAAAUAAGAAAAAAUAAAAAAGAAAAAAUCAGAACAUCAUAAAGAUGAUGCAAACUAUUUAAGAAAAUUAGAUCAUAUUUUAUCUCUAAAAUCUAUUGUAGUUGAGUUGCAAAAGGAAGGAGAUAUGAAAUAUUACAAGAUCUCUGUACUUAUCAAUUAUAAAGAACUUUUUUAUAAUGUUAAUCUGUAUGGUACCUUAACAACACAAUUAGACUUUAAAUAUUUUACUUUAAAACCCAAGAAAUUCGAGGAAGCAAACAAAUACUCAAGGUUUCUUACUUUUUUCUCAAAUGAUAACUAUUUUAAUGCAGACAAAGAAUGUACUAAUAAUUUUAAUGCUUUUGAUAAAUUAUUAUAUGUUGAAAGAAGCUUAUAAGAAAUGAAGGCAAAUUUAAAAAAAUUACAAAAGAGAUAGAGUACUCUUAUACAUGAAAAACAAAUUGAAAAUUGCUUGGUUAACUCAACUAAUCAAGAAAUGCUUGAAAUCAUAUCUGUUGUUGAUGUUGAAUAAUAAUCAAGAUUUUUAACUGUUCUAUUCCAUUUACUUGUCUAGAAAUAUUUUAAGAAACUUGAACUCUAUUUAGUAUUUAUUACAAAUGCUACUUUUUUAUUUGAAAUACCACCUUAAUUUGAUUAACCUAAUGUUUAUAGAUUGGCUUUAUUUUAUGAUAAAUUAGAUUAUUCAUUAAAAGAUCUUUAAAAUCUAUUAAUUAAAAAUAAAAUGGAAUUAUCUAAGUUUUUGUAUUAGAAAUUGGCAUUAAAUCUUAUAGAUAUAUUUUAUUAAUGUUAUUAAAAUCAUUUAUACAGAUUAAAUUUUACAUUGUCGACAGUAUUUUAUGUUUCAAAAUUAAAGUGUUUUAAAUUAUAAACUUUUGGAAGAUUGAAAUAUUUACUUUAAUUUGGAUUGAAUAUAGAAGAAGGGAUAAAAUAAUUGGAUGAAAAAAAACUAAAAUUAUUUUAAAAAGCAUUUAAAAAAGAUCUUUUUGCUUUAUGUGAUCUAUUAGUUUAUUUCAAAAAAGUUAAUGAUAUGACUUUAAAAUAAAUUUAGACAAAAAGGAAAAAGUUUCUUUAAAAUAUAAAAAAAGGAGAAGAAAAUGAAGAUGAUGAUGGAAAUUAUUUGAUUUAUGUUGAUGAAAUUUUAUCAUCAAAAUAAGAUCGAUAUAUUUUAGAAUUUAUACGUAUGGCAAUAUAUGCUAAUGAAAUUAAAUCAAUUGAUAAAACUUUAGAAGACACUAUUCUUAUUAUUGAAUCACUUUAAAAAUAAAUUAAUGAAUAUGAAUCAAAUUUGGAAUAAGAAAGUUAAGAUACUAAAAAUUAAAAUGGAUUUCAAAUUUAAGAAAAUCCUAUCUAACCUCCAGAAAAACAGAUAAAAUUAGAUGAUUCUUUAGAUAAUGAAGAAAAUUAAAUAUAUUUAAAAACAUUUUAAUUUGAUUUUAAUUCUGAAAAUGAAGAAUUGUCUAUAAACAAAGAUAAAUAUACAUAAUCUUAAUUAAUAUAUAAAGAAUUACUUUAUUCAUCACUACUAUUUUAAGAUUAAUUUUAAUUUUAUUAUCAUAAAUUUAAAGAAGGUGAGAAAUAAAAAUUAUAAGAAGCAUAUGUUGAAAUAUUAAAUGCAUUUUAUACAUUGAAAUCAUUAGAUGAUGAUUCUUGGUAAUAUAAAUUAACUAUGGUUUCAAAAAUGAUGGAUAAACCGAUUGAAAUAAUGAAUUCAAUAUAUGAAACAAGUAUUGAUCAUUUUCAUAUUACAUUAAUGUUUUAAAUACUUACUUUAUCAUAAAGAAAACCUUUGCCUUUAUUGAAUGAACUUCAAAGAAGCAUUAACAAAUAAUUAUAAAUGAAAAUUUCAAUGGAUAGAAGAUUAAGAAGUCAUAAUUCAUCUAAAGGUAUUAUUGAAUAAAAAAAGCAUAUUAUGAUAUAAUUAAUGUAUGCUCAAUCGUAUUUAAAUAAUCAUAAUUAUUAUUAGGCUGUCCAUAAAAUAUAAAGAGUAAUUGGAUUUCAAUUAAAAAAUCAGCAUAUAGCAUCUUUAUUUUAUGGAUAUUCACUUUUAGUAAGUGGAGAAAUAUAAAAAGAAAGUCUUUAAGCAGUAUCGGCAAUGUUGAAUUUAGAGAUGAGUUAAGUUAUAUAUGAUAGUUAUUUUCCAGAAUUUAUAGCUUAAGAGGAAACUUAAGAAUAAACAGAAAAUGGAGUAAAAGAAAAAACUGUUUAAAAAUUUUAAAAUGUUAGAGUUUAAAAUUUAGCAACAAGUAAUAAAGCUAAAUUAGAAUUGUUAUUGGGUAUGAGUUACUUUGAUGUGCAUGAUUAAGAAAAUUCAUUAAAAUGUUUAAAGGUUGCAGAAUAAUUGUUACUUAGGUCAUUUGAUUUGUAUUCAGAUGAAGUUGUAAUUGUUGUAUUGAAACAACUAUAACUAUUUGUUUUAUAGGAUGACAUAGGAUCAGCCUUUAAAAUUAGUCUAUAAUAUGCAGAAAAAAUGAAUAAAUAUUAUGCUGAUGGUAAAAUAUUUAAAAGAAAAAUUAUAUCAAAAUUAUAAUUUAUUAUGGCCUGUAUUUUUGAAUUCAAUGGAUAAUAUUUGAGUGCUCUUAGAUUUGUUGAAAGAUCUAAUCGUACCUUUACUAAUUCUAAACACAACAAUUUUAUUAUUUAAAUGCAUUUCUAGGCAAAAAAAUUAUUUUUAAUUUAAAAAAUAAAAUCAGCCUUCUAAAAAAUUAAAAGCAAACAAUAAUUAAGAGAUCCAACUGAUUUAGCAUUAUUUUAAACUCUUAAUGAACAUAUGUCUUCAACUUUUCUUUCACAAUUUUAUAAGUAAAGGUUUGUCUAAAAAUCUUCAUUAUUAUUAGAAAAAUAUGGAUCAUAUUUACUGAAAGUUUAAUAAUUGCUCAGACUUAAAAUGUAUGAGAAAGCACUUAAAAUUUUAAAAAAAACUAUAAAGAUUUUAAAUAAAACUAAAAAAGAUGAGUUGUAUGCCAUCUUAUCUGGUUAAAUAACUUAUCUACAUCUUUAAAAUGCUAAAGAAUAAUAAUAAAUAAAGUAAUUGCUUGAUCAAAUAGAAAUUAAUGAAAGAUAUUUUCUCUUUCCAUAAAAAGAAUAUAAUUUAUUAAAAUGUUUAAUUUAUCUUAUGAUUCUCUAUACCAAAAUUAAUUAAGCUAAAUAAAUUUAAGAAACUAAUCAAAAAAUUCAAAUUGUAAUUGAUGAAUUUCAUGAAACUCUAUAAUGGAAAACUAUCUCAACAAAAUCCUUUAGAAAUGCCCCUAAUAAAUUUGAAAUAUUAAUAAAAAAAGGAAAGAUAUCUUUGUUAUAAAAAAUUUUGGCUGUGGUUGAAAUAAUUGAAUAUUAUAACAGCAUAAAGAAAUAAAUUUUUGAUGUUAUGUUUAAUGGAUAACAGUUAAAAGAACUAUAUAAAAAAAUCAGAUCUGAUUUUGAUAACUUUCUUGGUGAAAUCAAUAAUCAGGUAUUAAUUAAAAAAUAGAAUUGUUUAAUUGGCAAUUGUUCUUAAAUAAACAUUUAAAACAAUUCAAAUUGUGAAGAACAAAAAAAUAUGGAUUAAAAUAAAGAAACUUAAAUAGUUUAAACAUCUGAAGGAAAUGAUUUAGAGGCUAAUUAAAAGUAGACUGAUACUUCUAAAAUUAUUUUGGACAUUAGAAGUUAUUAAGAAAUAUUGAUAUAAAAUAAACAUGCUCGCUUGUCUAAAUAACAAUAACAUUAAUAAAAGAAUAUUGAUACUUCAAAAUCAAAUCAUAGUUAAGAUAAUGGUUCUUUAAAACAUGAAAAAUAAAAAUCUACAAAUAUUUCAGAUCAUAUUAAAUAAAAGAGUUUCAAAAAAUCAACUAAAUUGAAUCCUUUUGAAAGUACCAUGAAAAAAACUCAAAAAUAGUUAUAAUGA